AGUUCUAAAUCAUCAUCCCAAACACCCUCAACAAAAUCCUCUGAAAAAUCUCAUUUUUUGUUUCAUGGGAAAUUCACUGGAAAAGCAAAUAGAAAACUCAGCUAAUACUCCCAGAGAAACAGAGAAUGAAGAUAUCUCAAGCUUCACCUGUGAGAUCUGCAUAGAACCCAUGUUAGAGAGCAAGAAAUUCAAGAACAAAAACCACUGUACACACCCUUUUUGCCAGGACUGCAUAGCCAAAUACAUACAAGUCAAGGUCGAAGAAGACGGUACGAUUUCCGGUGGCAACAUCAACUGCCCUGGACUGAACUGUCCUUACCUUCUUGAUCCUCUGUCCUGCAGGGCCAUGAUCUCACAAGGUGUGUUCUUAAGAUGGUGCGAUCUUCUCUGUGAAUCUUCUGUUUUAGAAUUUGAGAGGAGGAGCUACUGUCCUAACAGAGAUUGCUUGGAAUUGGUUGUGAAUGAAUGUGGAGGAACUGUGAGAAAAACCAAUUGUCCAAAGUGUAAGCAAGAGUUUUGCUUCCAUUGCAAGACUCAAUGGCAUGCCGGAUUCGGAUGCCAAGAGAUUAGAGACAGGAAUGACAUUCUGUUUGGUGAGCUCAUGGAAAGGAUGAAAUGGAGAAGGUGCCCUCAUUGUGGUCAUUGUGUUGAGCGUCUUCAUGGUUGUUCUGUUGUCAAAUGCAGAUGCAAAACCCAAUUUUGCUAUUCUUGCGGAGAAAAGUUCACAUCAUAUGAAAAAUGCAGGUGCAGCCAAUUUAAUACUGGUUGUGGAGGAGCCCGUGCCAUACACAUUGUUGCCAUUGCUAGUCUCCUUAGUCUGCUUGUGUGCUCAAUGUCGUUGUUCUUACAAUACCGUAGAGAUCCAGUCGAGCCAAACCCAUAG